AUGGUGUUUUCGCCUACGGCUGACAGCCCAGAGGAGCAGCCCAACGGCUCCGGUGUCUUGAGUCGUAUCGGGAGUUGGAUUUGGGCCCGCAGUCCCAUCGGUUCUUCUGAUAACCCCUCUCCAACCAGCGGCAGAGCUGGGCAGCCGGACUCAUUGGCUGACGACGUCUUCUACCCCUUCCCCCAAGAUUCCAAAAAGUCUAGCCAGACCACAGAGAGCAAACCCAGUGGAGAGGAGACCCCAGAGGAGGAGUGGGAAGAGGCAAGAAGCUCGUUUGACUGCUCAAACCAAGAUACCAAGAAUUCAUUUUGUAGUACUGAAGACUCAGGCAAAAAGCUUCACGUUUACUUAGAAGAGAUUUCCGAAAGUGCAGGCCAUGAAAUAGUCAGCACCAAAUAUGCCAAAAGCUUAAAAGUGCGACCCAAAGCAAAGUCGUCGGUCAGCUUGGACACUGAGAACAGGCACCGCUACUCCAGCGAACUCGUUGGUGUGAAUUUAAAACCGCAAGCUUUUGAACAUUUGGAAGACUUAGAGAUGGGACGCAAAGGCGCAAGGAGGAGGCACAGGAAGGAUUCGCAAGGAGAUGACAAAAGCAACUCUACAAAGCCAUGCCAAGAGCUGACUGAUAAGGAUGUGUCCUCCUCCCAAAGAGCCAAAAGUCCCAAGUCCAAACACGCCUCCAAUACUGCCCCCUCCCCCUCACCUGAAGUCAAAAGCCGCUCUUCCGGUUGUGUAGAAAGCAGCCAGGGGUUGCAAAGCACAUUGGCAUGCAGUGGAGCAGCACUGAAAGAGGCAAACAUGGAGGACAAUGACAGACUGUACAGAGUGGAGCGCAAAACUGAGACGCCCGAAUCCAAGCGGAGGAGUAUGAAGGUGUCCCGCAGUGAGGUUAAGCUGUUUCCCAAGAACGUGCCACUGCCCAGUGCCAGACCGGAGAAAUCAGACUUCAAGAUGACCGUGGGUAGAGAGGGGAUCAAGGAGGAAACCUCUGCUGAUCUCAAAUUAAAAGAGGCCAAGAAUACAGAGGAGAAGGCAAAGCCAGCUAUGGGCCGAAUCACAGACAGAAUAAAUAUUUUUGAGAAGCGUAAACUGGAAACUGGGAGGCAGCUGGACGCCCCAUUGAAUGCCGAACAGAGAGUUAUGACAAUUCAAGAGCGCGUCAGGAACUUCAACCAGGCUUGUAACACCAGCAGCCAGACACAAAACCUCUCAAGAACCCAUCGCAAAGUAUCUGCAUCCAAGUCUCUGGAGCUACUGGAUGUGCCGGACGGACCAGACGCCAGUGAAAAGGACAUGUUGAAGGCUGCCUUGCAAUUUAAUGGAGGAAAUGCCAAGACAAGUAGAAGCAAAGAUGAUUGGAGCCAAGAUGUCCCGUCGAGCUACCUGGAUGUGGAUUUCCCCAAACAGAAGUUCAAAGUGUUAAGCGAAGGCAAGUUAACCUCGUCAGGAAGCGAGAGCAACCUACUGGACACGUCUGGCGAUCUCGACGAUGAAGAUUUUGUGGAGAAGAUCAAAAAGCUCUGUGCGCCCUUUUCCCUGCCCCCCCGAAGGCAUCACCCGCUACGAUCACCACAGCCGCCCUUUGCCAUGCCAGCCAUCAAAGAGGACAGAUUUGAGAAGACGUUUGACCCAGAGAUGUUCACAUUUGGAUUAAGGAAAAAGAGUAAGUUUAGUUUAGAGACUCCGAGUUUGUUAGCCAAGCUUCAAAAUCCAGAUGGAAAACCCUGCAUAAAAGCAGCGAGAGCGAGUCUUGCGGAGCGGAGCAUGCUGCUAAGCGGGUUGGAAUCUCGUUUUCGGGACAAAGAUGCUUCAAAAGACGAGCAAGAGGAGGCAAAAGACGACGCUAAGGAUGAAAUUAAAGUGAAGUCGCGUUUGGAGGGGAGCUGUGUGCUAAACAGUCUGACCACAUCCAGUUUUAGGAGCAAACCCGGCCAAAGCCAAGCACAGACACAAAGCACUAUUUCUGAGAAUGUGUCUCCGGGACCUCCCCCAUGUCCCGCUCAAACAAACCCUGAAGAGAGGGACAAGAAAGAGGAAAUCCAGUGCGCAGAGGAACUUGUGGCUUGUGACUCAGCCCCUCCGAUUCCAACGUCUAACCAAGUAAAGCUGUCUGACUUUCUGCUGAAGCACCACCCCGAAGAAGCCGAGCUGGAACAGGAGCAGCCAUCUGGAGAGCAGGAGGUGGCAGUAAAAAUGCCUUCUCUGGACCAGCCCAGUGCGACCACAGCGCAGACACCUCCGAAGUCUCUGACCAAUCACUUCUCUGGUAUUUCUCUGAAGGAUCAAGCCCCACCUCCUGCUGCCCCACCCAGGAGGAGACCUGCCAACAAAAUCCAAGCAGCAAAGGGAUUUCACAAGAGGCCGGGGAAGAUGCUGCUGUUUGAGAAGGCUCCGUUUGAGGGCCAGGUGUAUGAGGUUCACAGGGAUGUGGAAGAUGCCACAUCCAUGCUGCUGUCUGCCUUGGUGUCAGUGCGGGUGGUCAGAGGCUGUUGGGUUCUGUACGAAAAUCCUGGAUUCCAAGGGCGCACAAUCGCUCUGGAAGAAGGUGCCCUGGAGCUCACUAACAUAUGGGCCCAGCCUGCCCCAGACUUGGGCCUGGAACCUGGGUUAGAACCACUGGAACCCUGUGACACGCCAUUGCAGAUUGGCUCCAUACGAUUGGCUGUGUCUGACUACAGCAUCCCCCACAUAGACCUGUUCACGGAGCCAGAGGGGAGGGGCCGCGUCACGUCUUACCAUGACGACGUCAUGGAGACAGGUUCUUUUGGGAUCCCCCUCAGCACCGCGUCUGUCCAAGUCCACUCCGGAGUCUGGCUGGUGUUCAGUGACCCUGGCUUCCAGGGCAUGUUGGCGGUGCUGGAGAUGGGGGGGUACCCCUUACCCGAGGCAUGGGGGUUCCCUUCACCCUUUGUGGGAUCACUGCGACCACUCAAAAUGGGAGGGCUUAAAGUGGAGAAUCCUAAUGAAGUCAAGGCACUGGUGUACGAGUGCUCUGGGUUUGAGGGUCCUGCUCUGGAGACUGAGGCGGACAUGUUCUGCUUUGGAGAAGAGGGCGGGGGACAAGACACCUCCCUGCAGAGCGUGGGGUCACUCAAGAUACUUGGAGGAUUAUGGGUCGGCUUCAGUGAGCCUGGCUUUGAGGGGCAGCAGUACAUCCUGGAGGAGGGGGAGUAUGAGAGCUGUGAAGCCUGGGGCGGAGGACACAUCCUGUCGCUGAGACCCAUCAUGGCCGACUUCAUGUCUCCUCACGUAAAGCUGUUUAGCGACAGAGAUUUCGGCGCUCUGGGUGUAAACAUCGACCUGACCAUUCCAGUGAUUAACCUGGACGACACGGGAUACGGCCUCAAAACCCAGUCCAUCAAUGUGGUCAGCGGAGUCUGGGUGGUGUUUGAGGAGGCCGGCUUCAGUGGAGAGAGCUUCCUGCUGGAAAGGGGUCAGUACGGAACCCCUGAGGACUGGGGCUCAGCACGGCCCGUAAUUGCCUCAGCCAUGCCCGUGGUGCUGGAGAAUUUUGAGAACACUGCCAAGUUCAAGAUCCAGCUGUUCCCAGAGGCAGACUUCCAGGGCCCUGUUGUGGAGCUGGAUGACAGUGAGGCCCACCUGCCCCCGGGCUGCUCCGUUGCCUCCUGCAAGGUUCUGGCUGGGAGCUGGCUAGCGUACGAGGGGCCCGACUACUCUGGGAGCAUGUAUGUUUUGGAAGAGGGCUCUUACUCUGACCUGAGGGCCAUGGGUUGUGUGCACUCCAGCGCUACCAUCCUGUCACUGCAGAUCGCUGGCUUUGAGUUCUCGCUGCCCUCCAUCGUGCUGUUCGAGCGUGCAGAGCUCAAAGGGAAGCGUCUGGUGUUGUGUGAGGGCGAGGUGAACCUAUUGAUGAGCGGCGGAGGAGGCCGCGUGCAGUCUGUUCUGGUGGAAGGGGGCAUGUGGGUGCUCUACGAGGAAAUAAACUACAGAGGGGCUCAGAUUCUGCUGCGGCCUGGAGAAGUGUGCGACUGGAGACAUUUCAGCGGCUGGAGGAGGAUGGGCUCUCUUCGCCCUCUGCUGCAGAAACAGGUGCACUUCCACAUCUGCAGCAGACUCUCGGGACAGCUCCUAACGGUGACUGGAGACUUGGACGACAUUAAACUGCUACGAGUGCAGGAGACAGAGGCCAGUGGGGGCUUCGAGCAGAUCUGGUUCUUCCAACACGGACACCUGCGGUGCAAGCUGCUGGAGGAGUGCUGCCUGUGUCCCAGCAGUAGUGUGACAAUCGCAGGUGCUCGGGUUGGACUGACCCCAGCUCUGGACAACACCACUCACAUGUGGAGCAUCACACCGGAGGGAUUCAUCAGCUACAGCGCCAACCCUGAUCUGGUGUUGGACAUCAAAGGAGGCCACAACUAUGAUAAGAGCCAGGUGGUCCUCAACACGCGGGACCCUAAGAGAGCCCAGCAGCAGUGGCUCAUCCAGGUCCUGUAA